AACAUGCACGCACCUUGCACGGCUUGAUACGCCUCAUCGUCUCCUCUCCAGCGUCAGCAAGUCCGGUCUCAUCACCAAGCGCACCGUCCAGCCUACUCCGGUCACGAUGGCGCCUGCACCAGGAUUCUCCACACCAGCCCCGACCACGACCUCACCGUCGUCUUCUUCGGCGGGAGCGCAGACGUCCGUGUCAGAGGCACAACAGCCUGGACAGGCUGCAAGCGGCUACCGCACGAUGGACUAUGUGUUGAGUGCCGACUCGUCCGCACCCCUUGGUUCCUCCUCGACUGCAGGGGCUUCUGCAGGCGCGGACCAGAGGACGCCUUCCACAUCAGAUUCAGGAUCAGCGGCAGGAGGAAUCAAGACGUGCACGCGAUGCGGUCGCAUUCUCGAGGCUGCUUCAGGCGGUGGAAUGGGAGGCGAGGGAGUGGACACGUCGGUCCACACUGCAGCCCUGCCCUCCCGUCGGACUGGCAACGCGUCGGUCCAGAUGCUGCCGCACCAUGCGCUCUUGACGGACAACAGUGGUCUGCAACCGCCGCCAUCGGUCUUAACUGCCGCCUCCCUCUCGCUUGAAGAGGACAGCCAUCAGGUAUGCCACGCGUGCCUCACCAGUGCUAUGGCAUCGUCUGCCGCCGUAGAGACAUCCGACGAUGUAUAUACCCAAGCCCAGCAUGCCGCGGAAGGACAGGCAAGGGGCGAGGCGGUGGAGAGAGACGCAGAUGGAGAUGUUGUCCACGGAGAUGGUGACUCUGUCACACCGACGGCAGGAAUGCAGAGUCGACAGGGUCUUGAACAAGCACCGCAGACGGACGAACGAAGGGAAUUGAUCGCCCCUUCAAGUGAUUCUAUCGGCGCAGCGAAUGCCAACACAAUCCCUUCAACGACUACCAACACCACCACCACCAUCAACAGCAACACUGCGACCACCACACCCUCGAGUGGUCAUCCCUGGAGAAGAGCUGGGCCUUGGUCUCGCAUCCUUGGCCAAGGCAGCAGAUCCCUCUCCAGCGAAGGUAGCUCCACGCCCUUAUCCAUCUCGGUCGCCAACAUCGGAGCAGGAGGCGACGCUGACAUUAUUUCGACGCCUGAUGAGGGCGACUUUCCACCCCUCUCGCAGUCUCUUUCCUCUCCCACCGCUACAUCGCCUCGUGUUCCAUUGCCCUCGACCAUACGUGGACGGGGAGACCAUCCUACCUCCCCCGGAGGACAUGCAUCAUCUGGAGGGCCAAUGCUGGGUAGACAGUCGAGCUUCACUCGGAGCCAGUCGAACACCGGUAAUGGCUUCGUCGUCGAAUCCGGCCGGCCUGCUUCUCCAGUCGUGUCAUUCCCUUCUCGAGGACGAGCACGCGCCGGGAGCUCAUCAAGCUCGACAAGUGGCGUAGCAAACGGUAGCAGCAAUACCGCACUGUCUCCAUCGAGACCACGAAGGCCGUCCAAUGCACGCCGCUUGAGUCGCUCGAGCUCGUCUCAAGGGCCGACGGCGAUCUCGUUUGCGGAUCUCAUUGAUGCUGGCAGCGGCAGCGAUGCCCUCUCGACGACAGCCUCCAUCGCAGAGAACCCGUUCGGACCAGAGACGAUGACGAGGCCGAGGCUGGGAGAUCUCGUCACUGCAGACAUUCAACCUGCAGCACCGCUGCUCUCCACCAUGCUCGCGAGUAGAUUCGAGCAGCCGUAUUUGGUCGAGAUGGGAAGACGAGUAGAUGAAGAAGGGGACAAGAAGGAAGAGAUGGACCGGUUGCGAUGGUUUGACGCGACCAGACCCGACCCAAAAGCCGACAUCUCGAGGCUGCGGUGCAUUGGCAGAGGAAGAGGCUGCCUCUAUCCCGGUGCAACCUUCAACGGCAUCCAGAAGAGCGGCAGAAACAGCUACGACGUGACUGUGCAAAUUGUAAAUGUCGAUUUAGCCGCUUCACACCUGUGCGGCUACCUCAACAUCCGCGGCCUCACAGACGAUUGGCCAGAGCUGACGACGUAUUUCGAUGCCGAGAUCAUUGGCUCCAAAUACGGCUUCGUCACAGGAAAAUGGGGCGCCACAGAAGCCGAGGACAUGAAGCACUGGAGCCGAUUUACACCCUUUCGACCGCUACGAUCGAGCCUGACGAAGCCCGGGCUCAAGUUCAACCACAUGAAUAAGCCUUUCAUCUUCAUGCGCUGGAAAGAGCGCUUCUUGGUUCCUGACCACAGGGUUCGAGAUAUCACUGGAGCCAGCUUCGCGGGCUUCUACUACGUCUGCGUAGAGCUUGGCGAUCAGAGUAUCGCCGCAGGAGGGCCAGACUCUUCGAGGAGACGAGGCGAGUCGCUGACGAGGCCAUUGUCGCCUUCUUCACCGCCUCUGUCACCCCCGCUACCUUCGUCGACAAACACGGGUCCUGUGAUGAUGAACGCGCCUAUAUCGACAUAUGGCCGAGCAAGGACUGCGACCUGGAGAAGGACAGGCAGCUCGACGGCUGGUCGAACCUCGGUCUCGCGCGAACGACAACCGUCUUACAACGACGACCUGUCAAACUCGCUUGUUGGCAUGGAUGUCGACGAGGCAGUAUCGGCCACUGCUGGCGAGACCCUCACAUGGCAGCAACAGCAGCAACAACAGCAGCAGCAGCUUGACUUUGGAGGCCUGACGAGCGGAAGGAUGAGCGGCUUCUACUUCCACGAACAUUCCGAGCCCUAUCAACAACUCACGCUCCAGCAUCAACCUGAACGUUCCUCCUCCUCCUUUGAGCUUCGCUAGCCCUGCCACUGCUCUAUCGUCCCCCUUGCCACU